AUGACUCGGAGCGAGUGCAUGGAAUGUGCUCUGGCCUCCCAAGUAUUUGGGCCGCAAGGCGCCAAGGCGAAGGCGGCCGCCGUGCGCUUUGCCCCCGGCCCACCCGCCGAGGCCGCCCCCGGCCACCUGCGCUUCGACGUCGGCUUCCUGAAGGUCGCGCACCGCUACGAGAUCGCCUUCGUGCUGCCCGCGCUGCCGCGGCUGGGCCGGGACGUGUGCGCCGCGCCGCUGCCCAGCGCCAACCUGCGCGUCACCCGCAUUGCCCCCCCGCCGCAAGGCUACAGCGUCCAGUGCGAGUACCUGGCGCACAGGGAGGGCGUCCUCAGGGAGGAGAUGCUGCUUGUGAGCGAGACCUGUGACGGUGCCAGCGUCAGGGUGGUCGUCCAGGCCCGCGUCAUGGAGCGGCACCACGGCACCCCCAUGCUGCUGGACGGCGUGCGCUGCGUGGGCGCCGAGCUCGAGUACGACUCGGAGCAGAGCGACUGGCAUGGCUUCGACUAGCGCC